CCAGGGACCUUCCAGGGGAAAAGUUCUGCACCGCAGGAACAAACAUGUCCCAAGACUUAAGUAGGAGCCUGGGGAAAGGAAGCUGUCCCCCAGGUCCUGUACCAGCUGGAAUCAUCCGUGUCUACAGCAUGAGAUUCUGUCCCUUUGCCCAGAGAACUCUGCUUGUCCUGAAGGCCAAAGGAAUCAAGCAUGAAAUUAUCAACAUCAAUCUGAAAAACAAACCUGAUUGGUUCUUUAAUAAGAAUCCCUUUGGUCUAGUACCAGUUCUAGAGACCAGUCAGGGUCAACUAAUCUAUGAAUCUGUUAUUACUUGUGAGUACUUAGAUGAAGCCUAUCCAGGGAAGUUGUUUCCAGAAGAUCCCUAUAAGAAAGCUUUUCAAAAGAUGAUUUUGGAGUCGUUCUCUAAGGUACCACUUUUGUCUAAGGAAUCUUUGAUAGCUGUAAGGAAUGGAGAAGAUUGCUCUGCUCAGCAAGCAGAACUCCGUAUGGUGUUUAGCAAUCUGGAGGAGAUUCUUUUUCGUCAGAAGACAACUUUCUUUGGUGGCAACACUGUAUCCAUGAUCGAUUACCUCAUUUGGCCCUGGUUUGAACGUCUGGGAUCAUUUGAGAUAGCAGACUGUGUGAACCACACCUUGAAACUUAAGCUCUGGAUAGCAGCCAUGAAGAAGGAUCCUACAGUAUCAGCCCUCCUUGUAGAAGAGAAAACUCUUAAAAAUUUCAUACAUCUCUAUUUACAGAAUAGUCCUGAGGCUUGUGAUUAUGGUCUAUGAGGGAAGAGUGAUCAGUGAAACAGGUUCUAUACUUCCACCUGAGUUUUUUUCAUACUUAAAAUUAUAUCCUGUAUUAUUUUUAAAGCAGAUUGUUCUCAUACCCAUGGCCUUUUUUUGUACUCAUUAUUUCCUUUUCUUGAUGCUUCCUCUUUGCAAGUCUUAUAAGGCCUAGCUUUUCUCUGGCUAUCUUUAUUCCUAUAGUGAACUUGCACUAUGAGCUCUAUGCUGAUUGGUCAUAAUCAGCAUAAUCAGCAUAGAUAUUGAUCACUUUGUGUGGUGUUCCCUUCUUUUUUAUAAUAUGAUCUUCUCUCUUGGAGCAGGUUUCUUUGAGAGGUUUCUGGAGGCAGCCUUAGUUUCAGUUCAAAGUAAUAAUCACUUCAAAUGCAUCCAGGAAUUAAAAUCCAGUCCUUGAGCUUCAGCCUCUUGCUCACUCUGAAUGUCUCCAGCCAGCACAAAGGUGGAAUAUGAAAUGAAUCUAUCUCUGCCUCCGAGAGUGGGCAUUUAUAUCUCCCAGAGUGCUCUGUCUCUGGGCCUAAAUGCUUCUUGCUUAUAUGCUGUACACUGAAUACAUACCAAUUAUUAUAUCACUGAGAAAUCAUUAUUUGUUUUAGGAUUAAAUCAAUUCUAAACUAGAUUUAAACAGUCUCCUCAAUUCCACUUAGUACCUUGUUUCAGGUUCUGGCCCAUAACAUCUCCUUGUAGGAUCAGAUCAAUCAUACUGAACCAUACUAAAUUAGAUAAUUAUUGUCUCUAUCAAUUCUAAUGACUUAACACUUUGUAAGGAUUCCAACAACUUUGAUCAAUAUUUUCUACAUUUUGGUUCUUUUUUAAUGCCUGUAGAACAUAUUUACUUCAGUGUAUUCCUGUCAUCUCAGACUCAUUAUAACCCUAAUGCUGUUUUCACCAAUUGAACUAAUUUUCAAAAAAUGGGGUAGUGGUGGAAUAGUUGAGUAGUAUCUUUAGUUUAUUGCAGUAAUAGCUAUGGAGUUGGGUCCAGAUCUUGUUUAUUUUCUUUGUGAAGAAGGGCAAAUUACAUCAUCUCUCAGGUUCUCAGCUUUGUGAAGAUCAGAACAGCCAUGAUUCUAUCAGUGCAACUUUUGUAUCUGCUAUCUCGAACCCCAAAUGGGGUUCCUUUUUCAAGACUCCUUUUUCAAGACUAACACUGGCUCCUUUUUCAAGACUAACACUGAAUAAUUUGCUAGUGCCUUUCUAAUACUAUUGUUCAGGAUCCUCUAUUGUAGUGUUCUAACUUACUAAUUAUCAGUUGCUAUCAAUUAGCCAGUCAGACUUAAGCUUUAGAAAUUAGCAUUAAAAUAAUAUAAACCGUCAAAA